GCCGCCGCCGCGGAGUCCUAAAGCCGCCCGCUGCAAGAGGAUGGUGCGCCUGGCGGCCGAGCUGCUGCUGCUGCUGGGACUCCUCCUGCUUACCUUGCACAUCACCGUGCUGCGGAGCAGCGAGACCGACGCCACGCCGGGCAACCAGAGCCAGCGGCAGCAGGACAUCCUCCACACAGAUAGCCUUUCAUCUCCUGAAACCAGCUUCACAUUAAACCCAGAGGACAGACAGGACUAUCCUGACCCCCAAGCAGUACACAGGCCAUUUUCCAAACAGCGAUUCAGGCAGGAGACUGGGCAUACAUCUUUGCAAAGAGAUGGACCAAGAUCUUUCCUUCUGGAUCUCCCAAACUUUCCUGACCUUUCAAAAGCAGACAUCAAUGGGCAAAAUCCUAAUAUCCAGGUGACUAUAGAGGUUGUUGAUGGAACAGACUCUGAAUCAGAGAAGGAUCUUCAAAAAGAAAGCAGCAAGCCCAGCUGGCCUGUCCCAUCACCAGACUGGCGGAACUGGUGGCAGAGAUCAGCACCCACAGUCACCCGCAUGAGUAGCGGUGACCAGGAUUACAAGUAUGAUAGCACAACUGGAGACAGCAACUUCCUAAACCCCCUUAAUGGUGGGUGGGACAGGCAAGCGCCUAGUCACCGGACAUUUGAAUCAAAGGAACAGCCAGAAUAUGACUACAUAGAUGGCGAGGGAGACUGGAGCCCUUGGUCCAUUUGUAGUAUAACCUGUGGAAGCGGCAAUCAGAAGCGCACAAGGACCUGUGGGUACGCCUGCACAGCUACUGAAUCGAGGACAUGUGACGGGCCAAACUGUCCAGGAAAAAAACUGCUUUCUUUAGGGAUCGAAGACACCUUCAGGACGGCAGCCACAGAAGUGAGUUUGCUUGCAGGAAGUGAAGAAUUCAAUGCUACCAAGCUAUUUGAAGUCGAUACUGACAGCUGUGAAAGGUGGAUGAGCUGCAAAAGUGAAUUCUUAAAGAAGUACAUGCACAAAGUGGUCAAUGACCUUCCUGCUUGCCCUUGUGCGUAUCCCACAGAAGUAGCCUACAGCAUUGCAGAUAUCUAUGACCGGCUUAAGCGGAAGAACUUCCGCUGGAAAGAUGCGAGUGGACCAAAGGAAAAACUGGAGAUCUAUAAGCCUACUGCUCGCUAUUGUAUCCGGUCCAUGCUGUCCCUGGAGAGCACCACACUGGCAGCUCAGCAUUGCUGCUAUGAUGACAGCAUGCAGCUCAUUACCAGGGGCAAAGGAGCCGGCACACCCAACCUGAUCAGCAUAGAAUUCUCGGCAGAACUACAUUACAAAGUGGACAUUUUGCCCUGGAUCAUUUGCAAAGGAGACUGGAGCAGAUAUAAUGAAGCCCGGCCACCUAACAAUGGUCAAAAAUGUACAGAGAAUCCUUCGGAAGAGGACUAUUACAGACAAUUCCAGGAAGCAAGGGAGUACUGAAAGAAAGAGAAAAGAGCCAGCCUCUUUCAAAGUGCGCAAAACACAGCUGGUUGCUCUGCAGGACACAAAAUUGAAUAUAUUGGAGUGAACCUUGCCCCUCCCCGGUAACUGUAUAUAGUUGUAUAGAAUACACAUUUUUCAUAGAUAGGUGUUAUUUAUAUAUGCAUAUACAAACGGCAUACUGGCAAAUAGUCACGGAGUUGUCUUGACAGCCAUUUAUGUAGUGACAUGCAUUCUGCAACAGUGUGAGGUUUUAUGUUUAAAACCCAUGCUCGUUUAAGUACUUGGGAAUGAUCUUUUGUUGGUGUUCUUAGCUAAAUCUGGGUCCCACUGGAUUCCGUGCAAAAAGCUCAGUUUUCUGUGGCUGAAGAAACAGAUCUUAAGAGUUGGAUCCUCAAAUGAAAACCCUGUUCAUUUAGAAGGGACUUUUGCUACCUGAAGGUAG